ACUUACCACCGGCAUCAUUUUCGCCUCGCGGGGAGACGGUUGGUGAACUGUCACCAACGGCUGCGACAAAAACCGCAACAUUUCACACCGAAAAAUAUAACAACCAGCUAAUUUUUCCACUUCCAACUAAAUGUGUGUGAAGCUUUUUGUCGAGUUUUUUCCGUGAGACUUUAUCCUGUCAGCUUACCCUGUGUCAAAUCAUCACAGAAAAAAAUGUCAUUUUACAGGAUAGUAUUUUAGCCAGUUAACCGAUUUUUCACGUUUAGCUAACAGCUCACAGAGGAUUUUUUUUUCUUUUUGUUUUUCCCACCUUCCUCUACUGGCUUUAAAAAAAAAACAGGUAUUCUGUUUUAAGUCAAGUCUGAGAUCAUCUUGGAGCAGAACCGACUGACGGCGUAAGAAAAAUGGGGUACGGCCGCUCUGACAGCUACCGCGUGGCCACCACGCAGGACAAGGAUGACAAGGAGUCGCCAAAGAAGAAGGGAGGCAAGGAUCUGGAUGACCUGAAGAAAGAAGUCCCCAUCACGGAACACAAAAUGUCUGUAGAGGAGGUUUGCCGGAAAUACACCACGGAUAUCGUGCAGGGUUUGACCAACGCCAAAGCGGCCGAGUUCCUGGCCAGGGACGGACCGAACGCCCUCACUCCACCUCCUACGACCCCAGAGUGGGUCAAGUUCUGUCGGCAGCUGUUUGGCGGCUUCUCCAUCCUGCUGUGGAUCGGCGCCAUCCUCUGCUUCCUGGCCUACGCCAUCCAGGCUGCGACAGAGGACGAGCCGGCUGGGGAUAACUUGUAUCUGGGCAUCGUGCUGUCGGCUGUGGUCAUCAUCACCGGCUGCUUCUCCUACUUCCAGGAAGCUAAGAGCUCCAAGAUCAUGGAAUCCUUCAAGAACAUGGUCCCUCAGCAAGCGUUGGUGAUCCGAGAGGGAGAGAAGAUGCAGAUCAACGCUGAGCAGGUGGUGGCAGGAGACCUGGUGGAGGUGAAAGGAGGAGACAGGAUCCCCGCUGACCUCCGCAUCAUCUCCUCCCAUGGCUGCAAGGUGGACAACUCCUCCCUGACUGGAGAAUCGGAGCCUCAGACCAGGUCUCCUGACUGCACACACGACAACCCCCUGGAAACUCGCAACAUCGCCUUCUUCUCCACCAACUGUGUCGAGGGAACUGCUCGUGGUAUCGUGGUGUGUACCGGGGAUCGGACAGUGAUGGGUCGCAUCGCCACCCUUACCUCAGGCCUGGAGACCGGCAAGACCCCCAUCGCCAAAGAGAUCGAGCACUUCAUCCAAAUCAUCACAGGCGUGGCUGUCUUUCUUGGAGUGAGCUUCUUCAUCCUCUCCAUCAUCCUGGGCUACAGCUGGCUGGAGGCCGUCAUCUUCCUCAUCGGCAUCAUUGUGGCUAAUGUUCCUGAGGGCCUGCUGGCGACAGUCACUGUGUGUUUGACUCUGACUGCCAAGCGAAUGGCCCGUAAGAACUGUCUGGUGAAGAACCUGGAGGCCGUGGAGACGCUGGGCUCCACCUCCACCAUCUGCUCCGACAAGACCGGCACCCUGACCCAGAACAGGAUGACCGUGGCCCACAUGUGGUUCGACAACCAGAUCCACGAGGCCGACACAACGGAGGACCAGUCUGGUUGCUCCUUCGACAAAAGUUCGACCACAUGGGUUUCUUUGGCUCGCAUCGCUGCGCUGUGCAACCGGGCCGUGUUCAAGGCCGGUCAGGAAUCUCUCCCCAUCCUCAAACGCGACGUCGCCGGCGACGCCUCCGAGUCGGCUCUGCUCAAGUGCAUCGAGCUUUCCUGUGGCUCGGUCAAAGCCAUCAGGGAAAAGAACAAGAAGGUCGCCGAGAUCCCGUUCAACUCCACCAACAAGUAUCAGCUCUCAAUUCAUGAAACCGAGGAAGAAAAUGACAACCGCUACCUACUAGUGAUGAAGGGAGCCCCCGAGAGAAUCCUGGACCGCUGCUCCACCAUCAUGAUUCAGGGCAAGGAGCAGCCAAUGGACGACGAGCUGAAGGAGGCUUUCCAGAACGCCUACCUGGAACUGGGAGGGCUGGGCGAGAGAGUACUGGGGUUCUGCCACCUGUUCAUGCCGGAGGACAAGUACCCUAAAGGGUUCGCCUUUGACACGGACGACGUCAACUUCCAGACAGACAACCUUUGCUUUGUUGGCCUCAUGUCCAUGAUCGACCCUCCCCGCGCCGCCGUGCCCGACGCUGUGGGGAAAUGCCGCUCCGCUGGCAUCAAGGUCAUCAUGGUGACUGGGGACCAUCCCAUCACAGCCAAGGCCAUUGCUAAAGGUGUGGGGAUCAUUUCUGAGGGCAACGAAACCGUGGAAGACAUCGCCGCUCGUCUCAACAUUCCCGUCAGCCAAGUCAACCCCAGGGAUGCCAAGGCCUGCGUGAUCCACGGCACAGAUCUUAAAGAUGUGAGUCAGGACCAGAUGGACGACAUUUUAAAGAACCACACGGAGAUCGUCUUCGCUAGAACCUCGCCCCAGCAGAAGCUGAUCAUAGUCGAAGGCUGCCAGCGACAGGGAGCCAUCGUGGCCGUGACUGGAGACGGAGUGAACGACUCUCCUGCCCUGAAGAAGGCCGACAUCGGUGUGGCCAUGGGCAUUUCAGGCUCCGACGUCUCCAAACAAGCAGCAGACAUGAUCCUGCUGGACGACAACUUUGCCUCCAUUGUGACCGGAGUGGAAGAAGGACGGCUGAUUUUUGACAACCUGAAGAAGUCCAUCGCUUACACUUUGACCAGCAACAUCCCAGAGAUCACGCCGUUCCUUUUCUUCAUCCUGGUCAACAUCCCGCUGCCUCUGGGUACCAUCACCAUCCUCUGCAUCGACCUGGGAACCGACAUGGUUCCUGCGAUCUCUCUCGCCUAUGAAGCAGCAGAAAGCGACAUCAUGAAGCGGCAGCCAAGGAACCCGCUGAGGGACAAACUGGUCAACGAGAGACUCAUCAGCAUCGCCUAUGGACAGAUCGGCAUGAUCCAAGCUCUUGGUGGCUUCUUUGCCUAUUUUGUUAUCAUGGCUGAAAAUGGUUUCCUGCCUUCUCUGCUUGUUGGGAUCCGGCUGAACUGGGACGAUCGCUCCAACAACGACCUGGAGGACAGCUAUGGGCAGCAGUGGACGUACGAGCAGCGUAAGAUCGUGGAGUUCACCUGCCACACGGCGUUCUUCGUCAGCAUCGUGGUGGUGCAGUGGGCAGACGUCAUUAUCUGCAAAACCAGACGCAACUCUGUGUUCCAGCAGGGCAUGAAGAAUAAAAUCUUGAUUUUCGGCCUGUUUGAGGAAACGGCUCUGGCUGCUCUGCUGUCCUACUGCCCGGGGAUGGACGUGGCGCUGCGGAUGUACCCACUCAAGCCCAGCUGGUGGUUCUGUGCGUUCCCCUACAGUUUCCUCAUCUUUGUUUACGACGAGAUCCGAAAACUCAUCCUCCGCCGAAACCCUGGAGGCUGGGUGGAAAAAGAGACUUACUAUUAAAUCAAAGCAUCCUUCCCUGAACUCAUCCCUCCCUCUCUUCCCUCCUCCUUCCCUUCAUCUCUCUCAUUUUCAUUAUAUCUGAAAUAUACAUGAAAAUGACGUUUACUCCUCCCAUCGCCUCUCCAUGUGUUAAACUAGCUAAAAACACAACUGCCAAGACAACGAGAGGACCAGCAGCAGGAGGCGUGAGGAUGCCCGUCCUCUCCGCCCCUCUGUCCCCGUUUUUCUAUCCAAAGUCUGUUCAGCACCGUCGGCCAGAAACGCUGCCGGUGUCCGUCUCGUGUCUCCGCCGCCGGCUGCAGCCGCUCAUCGCUGCUGCGCGCGACUAACAUCCGACUCCAAGACUAAGGACCAAAACCCGACUGUUCUCCAGAACCACCGCGGCUCUCUGCUCGGCAUCCGGAGCGUUUUUUUUAUUUCCCUCCUGGAGUCAAACUGCCAGAUCCAGCUCGGUAAUCACUGCCAUUCCUCCCUCCUUCCUCCUCUUGACUCACUGCCGUCCUCCUCCUCUUCCUCCUCUUCCUCCUCCUCCCCUACCUGUGAGGGAACCAGUAAGCUGCAGCGCUCACUCACGCCCCCUGCAGGGUGGAGAGAAAAGCUCACCUCCUGCCCUCCCUGUCCUCCUCCCGUCUUUCUUUCUGUUCAUCGUUUUCUAACAGACUGCAUGUUUUUUUAAAAACUCAACUGUUUGUAAGUUUUGUGGAGUUUUUUUUUUUGUUUUUAAAGUUUGAAGUGGGUCUGAGAGCUGCUUGUUUUCAUUCAGACAUGACAAAGCACACGUCCCUCCUUCUCCCUCCAUCCCCUGUCUUAGCUGCCCCCCCCCCCCCCCACACCUGUCUAUCUGUCCCUGUCUGUCUGUCUGUGAACUCUGUGGCGUCCCUCCGUCCCCCUGACCAGAUUUCACUCCUCCUCUCCCUCACCUGACCUCCGUCCCCCGUUAAAAAAAAUAAAGACGACAACCUCUCUGUGUCCUAGGAAAAAGAGAUUUCUCUCCACUUUCAUUCUUUCAAUCUGUGGAAAACGUGGAAUAAGGUCCUUGUACCUUAGCUCCUGAAACGGCAGCAAACAACUAAAAAAACGAAGAAAAUGAAAUAAAGCAGAAGGAUCUCUCUUUUUCAGCUUGGUCUCCAGUUUGUUUUUGUGUGGAGUUAUGUCAGAAAAUGGAAAUAAAUUCUGUGACCAAC